AGAUGGCGUCCCUCAGAGCGCUGGUGUCUGUCUGUGGACGGAUGUUCCAAGGACUCUUGGCUGGCCCUGCCGCCACCAGCUGGUUUCGACUUCCAGCACGCGGGCUCAGGGAAGUGGAGGAGAUCCAAGAAGGGAAGACAACUAUAAUCAAAGGCCGUAUCACAGGGACUCCCAAGGAGAGUCCAGCUCCUCCUAACCCCUCAGGCCAGUGCCCCAUCUGCCGUUGGAACCUGAAGCACAAAUAUAACUAUGAGGAUGUGCUACUGCUCAGUCAGUUCCUCCGGCCUCAUGGAGGUAUGCUGCCCCGAAGGAUCACAGGCCUGUGCCAGGAAGAGCACCGUAAAAUUGAGGAGUGUGUGAAGAUGGCCCACCGAGCAGGUCUGCUACCAAAUCACAGGCCUCUGCUUCCUGAAGGAUUUGUACCAAAGAGCAAACCCCAACUCAACCGCUACCUGACCCGCUGGUCUUCCCGUUCCGUCAAGCCCAUCUACAAAAAAGGCCAUCGCUGGAACAAGGUGCGCAUGGCCGUGGGGUCACCACUCCUGAAGGACAACGUCUCGUACUCAAGAAAGCCUUUGCGGCUAUAUCAUUAGAGAGCAGGACUUCCUGAGAGCAUUGCCAGAGCAUCUCCUGCACCUCUCUGCUGGGAGUGGAGGCCAGCUUGGGAGCCCUCACACAUGACUGGCCUGGCGACACUGGGACAAGCUUCAGUACCGAUGGCUUGCCGAGCCACAGUGCUGGGGGCUAGAACCAUGCAGGGCAAUCAGUUCACUUAGCAGCUGCUGUGGUCUUAUGACUGACUUGGGCCAUGUUGGGUGCUCGGAGGCAGGAGUUUGACCUGAAGGAAUGUCAUAAAGCAGGCUCCGGGGCUUACCCACUGGGUGUGCGCUCGCUGCUUGGGAAGGGGAUGCAGGUGGGCACAUUUCCAGGCAGUGGCUAAGUAUAGAGUCACUCAUCUUUUAGGGCAAGCCACAUGAAUGGGACUGAAGGGACAUCAUGUGCCAAACAGGUUCCCACUUUGUUGACAGCUGUUAACACUGUAGUCUGGUAGCUGGCUACAAGAUGAGUUGGGCCGCCUUGCCCACAGGUAGCUCAUCUGAGUCUCUAAGGGCCUCUGGUUGUCAACUCCCAGAGCCAUUUCCACCCAUCAUUACCUAAUGUUUUUAUCAGCAUAUUCCAGCUCUGCCACUUGCUUUAGAAAUUGGUUUCCUGGCCUACUGGCCCUCUCAGCCUGGACACCACAGGGAGGUGGAAAUGAAGAAAGGCAGGAUAGAAUAAAAU